UAAUUGGAAGCCACGCCUGCCAUCACUAUAUCACACAGACCUAGAGGUGGGAGUUUAUGGUGUUUCACAGAGCAGGGGUGUUUAGCGGACUUUGCCGUUUGGACAGAUUUUUACAUCUACCAUUUCAAGAAUGAGGGAGUGUAUUUCUAUCCAUGUUGGCCAAGCUGGUGUGCAGAUUGGAAACUCGUGUUGGGAAUUGUACUGCUUGGAACAUGGUAUUCGCCCAGAUGGAACCGUUCCUGGUGACGGCAAAACUCUACUGGACUCCUCAUUUGGUACCUUUUUCAGUGAGACUGGUGCUGGGAAGUAUGUUCCUAGGUCAAUAUUUCUUGAUUUGGAACCAUCUGUUAUAGAUGAGAUCCGUAAUGGGUCCUACCGUCAGCUGUACCACCCGGAGCAGCUGAUUACUGGUAAAGAGGAUGCAGCCAACAACUACGCUCGUGGUCACUACACCAUUGGAAAGGAAAUUGUGGAUCCGGUCCUGGACAGGAUUCGUAAAAUGUCAGACCAGUGCUCGGGUCUCCAGGGAUUCCUCAUCUUCCACAGCUUCGGAGGAGGCACUGGCUCUGGCUUCACCUCCCUGCUGAUGGAGCGUCUGUCUGUGGACUAUGGCAAGAAGUCCAAGCUGGAGUUCUCCGUCUACCCUGCUCCCCAGGUGUCCACUGCUGUAGUGGAGCCCUACAACUCCAUCCUCACGACCCACACUACUCUAGAGCAUUCUGACUGUGCAUUUAUGGUGGACAACGAGGCCAUUUUUGAUAUUUGCAAGCGCAACCUUGACAUUGAGCGUCCCUCUUACACCAAUCUGAAUCGCCUUGUCGCCCAGAUCGUCUCGUCUAUCACUGCAUCUCUACGCUUUGAUGGGGCUCUGAAUGUGGAUCUCACGGAGUUCCAGACUAACCUUGUUCCCUACCCCCGCAUUCACUUCCCCCUAGUCACCUACUCGCCAAUAAUCUCUGCAGAGCGGGCUUACCAUGAGCAACUCUCUGUGCCCGAGAUCACAAAUGCUUGUUUUGAGCCAGCAAAUCAGAUGGUGAAGUGUGACCCGAGGCGUGGUAAGUACAUGGCCUGCUGCGUGCUGUACCGUGGGGAUGUGGUACCCAAAGAUGUCAACGCCGCCAUUGCUGCUAUCAAGACCCGCCGAUCCAUUCAGUUUGUGGACUGGUGCCCCACCGGCUUCAAGGUGGGCAUCAACUACCAGCCGCCAACGGUGGUGCCAGGAGGUGACUUGGCCAAGGUGCAGAGGGCCGUGUGUAUGCUGAGCAACACGACUGCCAUCGCCGAGGCCUGGGCUCGCCUGGACCAUAAGUUUGACCUGAUGUACGCCAAGAGGGCCUUUGUGCACUGGUAUGUGGGUGAGGGCAUGGAAGAGGGGGAGUUCAGUGAGGCUAGAGAAGACAUGGCUGCACUGGAGAAGGACUAUGAGGAAGUUGGGGCUGACUCAGCAGAGGAUGGUGAAGAGGAGGAAGAAGAGUACUAAUGUGUCUUUGUAUGUUUUGGUUUAACUAAUAAAUCUGGGCAUUAUAAAA